GUCUGGUAUAUUCACUACAUACUGUACUCUACAGUCUGGUAUAUUCACUACCUACUGUACUCUACAGUCUGGUAUAUUCACUACCUACUGUACUCUACACACUUGAAUGAUAUUUUGACCAUUUUUGGUACUGUAAUGCUGUUGUAUAUGAACUGGUACAUCAUAGUUCAUUCACCUGGCUUUAUACCUGUAAAUAUAUAUUACCUCUAAGCUCUGGUCCAGAGACUGACCCCGUUUCUACUCUGCAUAGAGACUGACCCCGUUUCUAAACUGCAUAGAGACUGACCCUGUUUCUACUCUGCAUAGAGACUGACCCCAUUUCUACUCUGCAUCGAGACUGACCCUGUUUCUACUCUGCAUAGAGACUGACCCCAUUUCUACUCUGGUCCAAAGACUGACCCCGUUUCUACUCUGGUCCAGAUACUGACCCCGUUUCUACUCUGCAUCGAGACUGACCCCGUUUCUACUCUGGUCCAGAGACUGACCCCGUUUCUACUCUGCAUAGAGACUGACCCCGUUUCUACUCUGCAUAGACUAACCCCAUUUCUACUCUGCAUAGAGACCGACCCCGUUUCUACUCUGCAUCAAGACUGACCCCGUUUCUACUCUGCAUAGAGACUGACCCCGUUUCUACUCUGCAUAGCGACUGACCCCGUUUCUACUCUGCAUAGCGACUGACCCCGUUUCUACUCUGCAUAGCGACUGACCCCGUUUCUACUCUGCAUAGCGACUGACCCCGUUUCUACUCUGCAUAGAGACUGACCCCGUUUCUACUCUGCAUAGCGACUGACCCCGUUUCUACUCUGCAUAGAGACUGACCCCGUUUCUACUCUGCAUAGCGACUGACCCCGUUUCUACUCUGCAUAGCGACUGACCCCGUUUCUACUCUGCAUAGCGACUGACCCCGUUUCUACUCUGCAUAGCGACUGACCCCGUUUCUACUCUGCAUAGAGACUGACCCCGUUUCUACUCUGCAUAGCGACUGACCCCGUUUCUACUCUGCAUAGAGACUGACCCCGUUUCUACUCUGCAUAGCGACUGACCCCGUUUCUACUCUGCAUAGAGACUGACCCCGUUUCUACUCUGCAUAGAGACUGACCCCGUUUCUACUCUGCAUCGAGGCUGACCCCGUUUCUACUCUGCAUCGAGACUGACCCCGUUUCUACACUGCAUAGAGACUGACCCCGUUUCUACUCUGCAUAGAGACUGACCCCAUUUCUACACUAGAUGUAUCAAGUCAUUUUAUUGUUUGACUGUAGGCCACACCUUACCAUGUGAACGGGGUCACGGGGUCAGUCUUGUCCUGUAUCACCUUACCAUGUGAACGGGGUCAGUCUUGUCCUGUAUCACCUUACCAUGUGCACGGGGUCAGGGGGUCAGUCUUGUCCUGUAUCACCUUACCAUGUGAACGGGGUCAGGGGUCAGUCUUGUCCUGUAUCACCUUACCAUGUGCACGGGGUCAGGGGUCAGUCUUGUCCUGUAUCACCUUACCAUGUGAACGGGGUCAGGGGGUCAGUCUUGUCCUGUAUCACCUUACCAUGUGAACGGGGUCAGGGGUCAGUCAUGUCCUGUAUCACCUUACCAUGUGCACGGGGUCAGGGGGUCAUUCUUGUCCUGUAUCACCUUACCAUGUGAACGGGGUCAGGGGGUCAGUCAUGUCCUGUAUCACCUUACCAUGUGAACGGGGUCAGGGGUCAGUCAUGUCCUGUAUCACCUUACCAUGUGAACGGGGUCAGGGGUCAGUCAUGUCCUGUAUCACCUUACCAUGUGAACGGGGUCAGGGGUCAGUCAUGUCCUGUAUCACCUUACCAUGUGAACGGGGUCAGGGGUCAGUCAUGUCCUGUAUCACCUUACCAUGUGAACGGGGUCAGGGGUCAGUCAUGUCCUGUAUCACCUUACCAUGUGAACGGGGUCAGGGGUCAGUCAUGUCCUGUAUCACCUUACCAUGUGAAUGUAUCUUGUACAUUUCCAUAACAUGUUACUUUAGUCACACAGCUACAUUCUUGGGAUUUCAGUCACAUUUUCUACCUUGUAAAUUUUUGUUAUAAAAUGCUAAUAAAUGCGUAUAUGAUUUGUACCCUUGUCUCUAUUCCAAACUCUUUUGUCCUCCACAAUCACCCGGCUUCAACCCAAUUUGAGAUGGUUUGGGAUGAGUUGGAUCGCAGAGUGAAGGAAAAGCAGCCAACAAGUGCUCAGCAUGUGUGGGAACUCCUUCAAGACUGUUGAAAAAGCAUUCCAGGUGAAGCUGGUUGAGAGAAUGCCAAGAGUGUGCAAAGCUGUCAUCAAGGCAAAGGGUGGCUACUUUGAAGAAUCUCAAAUAUACAAUAUUUUUUUUUAUUUAACACUUUUUGUUUGGUAACUACAGGAUUCCAUAUGUGUUAUUUCAUAGUUUUGAUGUCUUCACUAUUAUUCUACAGUGAAGAAAAUUGUCAAAAUAAAGAAACUCUAAUGAGUAGGUGUAUACGAUUUGUACCCGUAUCUAUUCCAAAAUCUGUGGGUCUCAAUUUUGCUUGAUGUUAGGGAGGGGAACUGAGUUUAAAAUAGCCAAGGAGAAGGGGGUAAAUUAUAAGAGACGGACACGUCUAAAGUAAAACAUGAAUGAAAUGUCAGUCAGUUAGUCAACCGUUUGCUUAAAUUGAUUUAAUUCGGAUUUAUUUAUGAAAUGUUUAGACGUUUAGUCUCGGGAGAGUUAAUUAUUCUACAGUGGAGACGGUCUCAGUCGUCGAAAUGUCUGAGAUUACUGUCGUGCAACUCCGUAAUCGGUUCCGACCGUGGACAGGACCUGUCGAGAGAGGAGCGAACUGUUCCGACCGAACGGGUUCCUUCCCGACCCGAGAAACAGAAACGGGUGUGUAAAGUCGUAUUGGACCGUUUUGACCAACAGUACGGUCAGGAACUUGGCCCCCUAUGGCCGUCUGCAAGGGCUGUGUUGUUGAACCCUGGGUGCUGGCAGUAUGGAGUGAUGCUCAACCGUUUUGCUGCGGUGUCAGAGGUCAAACAACGCCUCCAAGGGCAAGGCUUCGUCAGCCUACUGCCCCACACAGACCUGCCUCUUAACUCCUCUCUCCCCCAGCCUCACCCUACCUCUCCCACCCAGCCUAGCUCCAUCUCUCACCCCAGCCCUCACCCUACCUCUCCCACCCAGCCUAGCUCCAGCCCUCACCCUACCUCUCCCACCCAGCCCAGCUCCAUCCCUCACCCCGGUCCUCCUCCCUCCCUGCAGUGUUUCAUCCACCCCUCCCCAGUGCGUUACCCCUCUCCUCCUCACCGCCAGGGCCAGUUGAAACCCUACUACCUGAUGAAUGCUGCCUCCCUGCUGCCUGUCUUAGCCCGGGUAGAGGAGGGGGACAGGGUCCUGGAUCUCUGCUCGGCUCCUGGAGGGAAGGCCUUGGCUAUACUACAGACUGCUGACCCAGCUCUGUUGUGUUGUAAUGAAAUGGACCCACACCGACGUGAUUGGCUGGCCAAAACCCUGGAAUCCUUCAUCCCCCAAUCGCUGAGCAGCACUGUCACCGUGUCCAAUCAGGAUGGACGGAUCUUUGGGCAGAGUGAAGCCGGAAUGUAUGACAAGGUUCUGCUGGAUGCUCCAUGUUCUAAUGAUCGUAGCUGGCUGUUCUCUGGUCCAGGAGGGGAGCAGCAUGGAGCUGUGAGGCUGAGGGAGAGGGCCAGGCUGCCCACACUACAGACACAACUGCUCAGGUCUGCGCUGGCUGCGGUGCGUCCGGGGGGCGUGGCCGUCUACUCCACCUGCACGUUGUCCCGCUCUGAGAACCAGGAAGUGGUGGAGGCGGUCCUAAACACCUGUCCAGGGGUGGAGCUUCAAGACCUGGAGGAGGAGCUAGCCCUUCCGCUCCAGGAACACUUCACCUUCACCCCGUUAGGCCACACCCCCUCGUUAGGCCUCCUUGUUGUUCCACAGCAGGGUCAGACCUGGGGACCAAUGUUCCUGUCGCGCAUCAAGAGGAUUCACUGAUUGGUUGAUUUUCUCGCUGACUUCCAGUCACGCAUUAAGAGGACUCGCUGACUUCCUGUCACGCAUUAAGAGGACUCGCUGACUUCCUGUCACGUAUCAAGAGGACGAAAUGACUGAGCAUGUCAGACGCUGAGGCUGGUCUUCGAUGGAUUCCACAAUGCAACAUGUUUUCAUGUGACGGCUACUGCUAACGAGCUAACUCUCUAGGGCUGUGUUCCAAAUGCCACUCUAUAUAUAGCACACACAAGUAGUGCACUAUAUAGGGAAUAGGGUGCUAUUUAGGAAGCACCCUUGGUUUCACACGCUCUUUGCCCGUGGUCCUAUCUGGCAUCAAGAAGACCCACUGAACUCUUAAAUCAAGGUUAAAUAAAGGUUAAAUCCCGAUGACCUCU